UCCACUCAUUUUAGCCUCAUGUGCACAGAGAUUGGAACAAAUCAGACUUUAGACAUUUCACCCCAGAAAGCUAUUGAGAAACAUUUCAGAUAUUAAUUAUUCUACACCUAUUCUGAACACAAACUGGAAAUGGACAUUCACUCCCCUCUUGGCUCCCCUUGGAGCAUUGUUGAGAUAAAGAAAGUGAAGAUACAUUCUCCCAAACACACUCCUAAUGCUGAAUACCUCUUAAGGAGAAGGUGUGGGAUGGCAGAAAGUCUUGAGGAGACUGCAAAGCCAACAUUGGAUGCGUUCUGGCUGAAAUCAAGAAAUAGUACAGAUGACGACAGAAAAGCCAACAACCCGUUUGUGCUUCCAAUGGAUCGUAACAUCUUCAGAAAGAGAGAGAUUGACUCUGUAAUCAAACAACAAGAGAAGAAGUUCUUCAGCAGCCUGCCGACCCAGAUGAAGAGUACCUACCUGUCCCGUCUCAGGUGCCGCUCGGCCCCCAUGAGGAGCGCUGUGGAGGACACCAUCCCCGAACCAGAGAAAUGCAGAGGGGACAAAACAACAUGGGCCACCGUGGUCACUAAAGGUAGCGGUCAAGACAGGGAGAACAUUAGGGACUACUUGUCUAAACAGCGAGAAAAGUUUAUGCUGCAGUACUCUCUGACAGUGAAGCAAGAAACCAUCAAGGAGCUGGAGAAGGACACAGCGAUAGAGCUUCAGUUGAUCAGCCGUGCUGAGAAACAUCUGGAGGACGACUCGGUCGCCUUUGAAAAGUUCAUUAAGGAAAACGACCAGAGCUCAGUGGCAGCUGUCAAGUUGGCAGAGAAAGAGACUAUGGUGAAAAUGGAGAAAACAGCAGAAAUAAAAAAAGUAACAGUUCAAAUGAUGGCGAUGAAAAGCGAUAUCUCAAAGUAUCAAGAAAUCCUAAAGGAGUACCAGACAUACAAAACGUUUCUCACCGCCGUCGGACCUAUGGAGUGGCGCGAGGAACAGAAGCGCAAGAGGGAGGAGAGGAGAGCAACCAAGCAGAGGGAAAGGGAGUUUAAAGAAGAAAACCAAAAAGGUCCAGCCUAUGCCAGAAAAGAUUCAAGAGUCACAAAAAAUUCACAGAUGAGACAUCAAAGCAAAGGCGGGAAAGUGAGCAGCAUCCUUCACCAUCAGGAGAGACAGGGGUCCACCAUCUCCGAGGUGCCAGAGACAGCAGAGACCUCAGACAGCGACGAGGAGCCAGAGUUGUUUUACUCCAACCCCAGGGACAUGCUGAAUUUGUUCACUGACCUGGAGGAGCAGAACCUGUCCUACAUCCAGAACUACCAGGAGACCGAGGAGGCCAUGGAUGAGAUCCGCAAAACCAUCCAGCAGACGCAGGAAAGAAUGAACAGUGAGAUCCGGAUCCUGCUGCAGCAGGUAGACAUCCUGAAGAACACCAUCCAGAGGGAGGAGGAGAAGUCCUCUGAGCUGGAGCUCAAGUCCAGGAUCUUCUCCUACGGAGAGUACAGAGCUGACAAACAGGAUGUGAUGCUCAAUGUGCUGCAGAAGAAGGUGAAGGAAGUGCACAGGGUGUGUGUGGGAGAGGUGGACUCCAAUAUCAGCACUCUUCAUAUGCUGGCCAACAUCGAGAGCAGGAUGGAGGACAUUAUGGACUGCCUGGAGACGCUGCCUCCGGACAAAAUUGACACCGUCCGCACACAGAGGGAGAAAGAGAAGAGGCUCAAGAUGCGUGAGGAGAAGCUGUUGAUGAAGAAACACCACCAGGAGGAGAGACUCCGAAUGGCUCUGGAGAGGGCCACCUCCGACAGCAAGAAGAGGAUGGGCAGAAGGCUGAUGCCGCGAUCGGAGCCAUCAGAUAUCAAGAAGAAGGAGGACAUGACACACGCGUUGACCACUAGCGAGCAAGAGGACGUCUUCUACUUCUUUGCCUGAUUAUUUUAAACCAUCAAUAUUCACAGACAACAUAACACAGUGACUGAUUUUAAACCAUCAAUAUUCACAGACAACAUAACACAGUGACUGAUUUUAAACCAUCAGUAUUCACAGACAAUAUAACACAGUGACUGAUUUUAAACCAUCAGUAUUCACAGACAAUAUAACACAGUGACUGAUUUUAAAUGAGCUUUUAUAUACAUUAGGCCAAUAUUUCAGUUAGCCCAAGUCACCAAGGAGCAUUUCCAUUCACUCACUGAUUUGGCCUAUACAAUAUUAUCUAAUGCUUUAUAACAGUUAGAUUGAUAAUUAAAUGUACUGUAUACUUUGAUUAUAAAAUAAAUAAAAUAUUCUUGCCUUAGUAUAUUGUUA